GAUGCGGGUCUGCCACUUUAAAUUGGCUGGCAGGAGCUGCAGGCCAGCCUGUUGCGCACUUAGAGCCACAAACUGACAGAGCGCACCGCAGCCGCUGGAUGGAAGGUGCCAGUCAUGGACUUCCCUUAAAGACUUUCCAGACCAUUUUAUGAUUGGACUCUCAUCGGGUCGGCUUUUCUAAUUUAACAAGCACUCAUUACAACGUGCCACAUCUGAGCGGAUACAGCCUUUGCACAGCCCGGGAGCAGGACAAAGGGGACUGUCGAGACUGUCAAUAGCAGAGAGCAACAAAACAGCAUCUGUUGCAGCUGGCAUGUUUCAGAGAUGCCCAACAAUGCAAUGACGACGUGAAGCCCGACAACCCAUGAAGAAUUGUACACACCACUAUUGUAGGAGUGUGUGUGGGGGUUAAAAGCGCUGUGGAGCCAAAUACUUCAGCCCAAGAGUAUGGUCCAAAUGUCCACCUCAGUCUGCCUGCUGGGAGGCCUUCUGGGCCUGUUUCUAGUAGCACCUGUUCAAAUGGCCCCGACACCAGCCAGCAUGUGCACACCCUUGAAGACACUCAACGACAGCCUCAGCCACAGACGACGGUACAUGAAGCACAACUUCCCCAUCAACUACAGCAUCAGGGUUCAUCAAAACGAAGUCUUUAAACUGUCAAACAUCAGCAGAAUGAGGUUACAGGUGGAGGGGUUGGAUGAGCUAGUUCUCCAGAGGUUGUGGUUCCAGGUCAACCAAGGGGUGUUAAAAAAGAUUAUCCGAGUUAUGACAGAGAGACAUCCUUCACGACCGUACAUGGCUGAGUUGGAAAGACGCUUCAAGGACGCAGAGGGAGUCUUUGUACUGUCGCAUCACGCUGAGGUCUUCCAGCAGGAGCUUCCAGAAACAAUCCAGGACACUUGGGAUCAUUUAACGGAAGAGCCUGACAGGGUGCCACAGUCCAGAUGGCGAUUUGCCUCCCCGAAAUCCCUCAUGGACAACUUCUGCCACACCAUGCAUUGCCUCUUCAGCGAGUGCUUUGCCAGCACAGAAGUGCAGCAGGACUACUGUAGUGUUUCUUAUUGGAGGAAAGGCAGGAAGAAAAGCUGAGCGGAAGACAGGCGGAUGAAGUUGUCCCAGGUGAUACUGAAAAGGGACUGGUAUCAUGAUGGAGGCUUAAAAUGACAAUGUUUUAGGUACAGUAACAGUAUUCAUGGUCAUUUUAGGAGCAUAACAGAACAUUCCAUGACUCUGGACCUCAUAACUUAAAAAAAAACAACCCAGACAUAUACAGAUUGGGGGGGGGGGGGUCAGUUACAGAGGAACAUGACAAUGGCAUUUUCUGUGGUACUUCAUUGUACUGUAGUAACACAAUAACAGUUACAUUACAACAACCCAUCCCACAUGGUUAAAACCCUGGUUAACCCAAUUUCAGUUUCAGAAAACUUAGGGUUGUUAUGGUUGGUGGUUUUGCAACCUUCCAUUUCAUUUUCUAGAUAAAUUGUUUUCUAAGGUGGAUUCUUUAAAGAAGGAGGGUAUGCCACAUGCUUCUUAUUUCCUGUCAGGGAAGGGUUCACUCCACCUGGAGUGAGGACAUCACAGAUUUGCUAAAUCUCUAUGCAUAAAACCUGGGACGUGUUCCAGUGGACCUGCGUGGUUCACUUCAGAGACCAACAAGAUUGUUAUAAUAUUUAUAAACUUCAUCUGACUUAAUACUGUACCCAUACAAUCAUCUCCCUCCAUCCAAGCAAUGCAUUUAAUUAUUUACUGUAGAUGUGUUAUGGAGUUUCAUCAGGCAACUUUUGAAUAUUUGAUGUCCAUCAGAAUUUCAAUUAUGAAGUAUCAUUACAGUCAAAAUCUUAGAAAUCCCUGCAAGAAAGUUGAAUUCCUCCAUACCAUUGCAGACAUUACGUAUAUGGAGUAGUUAUUCUCAACAUUCAUAUCUUUUACACUGCCAAGUUUUAGUUUUACUCCAACAAAUUCUGACCAUGAUCAGUAUCUCCUGCCAUUUUUUCUGAGAUUGUGCCUAAGGUUGUGUCAGCUUUUUUUUCCAUGUGUGUAAUUCCACUCAAGGCCAACUUGUUGCUGUUAAAUAAAAUGUAUUGCCAGGUUUUGAGGAAUUAGGACAAACAACUGCAUUACAGAGGUCAUACUUUGGUUUAAUAAGCACUUUGGCUGUGAAGCUCAAUGUAGAAAUGACAAUGCAAAUCUGUGAAAAAAUUCAAGGCAUUUCAACGUUAUUUGUAUAACAUAAAUCACAUACAAUGCAUGCAUGGUCUUUACAGGGCUAUAUCAGCAACAGUUCAAUCACACAACCUAAAAACAAUUCUAUGUGCAUGGGGGAAACCUCUGGAGAAAGGCAGUGCAACUGAACACUGAAUGAAAAACAAACAAAAAUCAGAAAAUCAGUGGAUCACAGCUGUCAAAUACUGAAGUGAUGGCAGCUUUUGUAGAAAUGAUCCUGCACAAAGAAAAAGAGUAAUUCAGUUGGCUUUGCUCAGCCAUUGUUGUCAGGAUGGCUGCAGAGAGUUGCAGUAGAUCACCUGAAGGCCAUCUGUAUUGUCUGGGUUGGAAUGCAUCCUUGACGUUUGACUGAACUUGCUCAUUUCAUAAAGUUUAAUUGCAUAUGUCCACACUUAUUUAACAUAUAGACCCCAUUUACACCUGAUAUUAAAUUGUGGUCUGCAUCCAGACAUGUUAUUCAUAUAAGGAAUAAGGCAUGUUAAUGCGAGGUGUAAAUGCGUCAUGAUCAGAAUGUGAACCGAUCUGUCUGACACUUCUGCAGGUAGUCUAGCUUGCAUUGUGUUCAGAUCAUAGAUGUAAACACAAUCCAUGUAAUGUGUUGGCGCAAGAUAACACUGACACAGGAUUUUUUUUUUGGUAACAUUAAAUAUAAAGUAUGGUAAGUUGUUGUGAGAACGCUGAAAGAGAUGCCUCUAAUUACUGAUGAUAUAUCUAUUCUGUGCUAUGAAACACCACAAUAUGUGCUAUUCAACAGAACUGUGUGAAAAAUGAAAGCAUUAAGGGUGGAUGAAUGAUGUACAGUGAGAAAUAACUGUGUGUGAGAUGCUGUGUGUCGCACUCAUCUGUGUGUGAUCUGCUGUUAACAAGGCAUAGAACUGAUCUACACAUGGAUACAGCAGUGUGCCAGGACAAACUUACAAACUUAUACAAAGAAAAGAAUAACUUUAUGUAUUAAAUUUGCUGAAUUUACAAGAGGGGACAAAUAAUUAAGAAAUUGUUGUGCAGUGUUUUGCAGAUGAUAAAGUUUCCCUUAACUCAGUGACUCAUAAAUAUUUGUGGUUUUGAGGAGGACAGACAUCCAAUCUUAAUGAGGAUAACAAGAAAACAUUUAAAAUAACUGUGUGUAAAAACAAGGCAAGAUAGGAUAAUUUGCAUGCCUUACUUGAUUAUCAGUGAUAGUGAAGUUAAUUUAGGGUUAGAUGUUGACAAGCUUGUUAAGAUGGUACCCCACUUGGUGGUUCACAGUGAGUUCAUGUGAAAUGAAGACCUGUAUAACAUAGGUGACACGAUAGACCUUCUGAGAUUCUUUUGAACUGAUUGUGAGGCACUUUUCUUAUUUAGGUAACACUUCUAAGACCCAAAAAAUAAGACCGUGCUUCCUCCUAAUGGGCUAACUCCAUCAGACUCAGUCUCUUAGUGGAUGGUUGAGUGUCUGUUUUAACAGAGAAAGCCCUCAACUGAAAGGGUAUAAAGCCUACCAUUGAUAGUGUAAAAGGCUUUAGGUUAGGCGAUUAGGACUAAUAUGUGGAAAUUGUGAUGUAUGUCAUGUAUAAUUCCUUAAUUCUUUCAGCAUUAUUAGUCAACCUGUAUCGAAAAUAGAUUUGACAGAUACAGUUUCUAUUUAAUGAGCCCUAGUGUAGUAGACAUUCCUUCCGUCUUUAAAAUAUUUGAUAGUACAGCCCACAGUUCAGCCUUGAAUAUCAUCACCUUCAGCUUUCUGAAGUUAGGUGAGAUGUGUUUAUUUUCAGGCCUCUAUUUACUGCAGCCAGUCAGUCACAGUGAGGUGGGUUGGGUCAGUUAUUUACAUAGACUGUAUAAAACAAUGGACGUAGUUUCCAUGAAGUCACCCAUAUGUUUCUAAAGAGCCGUUGUGAGGCUUAGUGACAGUGGCUCUGGCCAUCACCAUCUUGGCACGGCCUGGGCAACUAGGUAGAGGCUGAAUGAAGCCUGGCAGCUUGCUGUCACUCGAAGCGGCAAUGCUCAUAAUUCUGCAGAACAUUAAGCUUUGAUACCAUUUUAAACUUGUGAGUUACAUAAAAAUGUACCCCUGUACCGUUGGGGAAUUUAGUUAUAGAGACCGGCACUAAACAUGCUUUUUCUGCUGUCAGGCGUUUUAAUAUGGGGCGAUGGGGAUUGACUUGCUUUUGGAGCCAGCCGCAAGUGGCCUUUGAGGAACUACACAGCAUGCUUCAUGCUUCAUUUUUCAGCCCAGGAGGUUAGAGGUUGCCACUUGGGCUAUUUAGAGAAGUGGGCAUAGUCAAAGGUUCAGGAUUUUUUGCUCACUACUUCAUGCGCUCACUGUUUUUCUAAGAGCCACGUUUUUACAUGUGAGUUGCACUGGUGGCAAUUUUUAUCUCAAUGCACCUGGUUCAUUGCACACAGAUCCUGACUUGCUGGUUUAGUCGGUUUAUGUUGUAACAUACCUUUUUGCCUUCACUACUUUUGGGCUAACUGUGUUUUUUAUGAUAGCAUAUUUCACAUGUAGGCAUUUGAAAUCCUGUGCCAAUAGAACAAUUGGUUGUUUUGUCUUGUGGUUUAACCAAACAUGAAAGUAGGUAUAAUUUCAAUAAGUAAACCAAAACAAAUAAAAUAUGCAAAGUCACACUCUAGAAAUGUAAUUUUCAAAUUCUGUUUACAUUAAAUGGCAUUACACUACACUAUUUGAAUAAGAAAUGUGGUGUUCCACUUCUUGGUUCAUCCUGUUUGUCCCAUAGAACAUUCAGUUACCUUCAAGACUGCACAUCUAUUUGUGAAAACUUAUUGUAUGUAUGAAAGAUAGUUGCAGUUUAUGCUUUUACUCCUAACUUCACAGACAUAUGAUGUAUGAUGAUGUGAUGUAUUCAAGCCUCGCAAGCCUAAUCGUGUCACUCUUCAGGAGGGAGUAUGAUGUUGCUCAAUGAUUAUAUUAUAUGCUCAGCAGUGCCUUGAGCUUGAAUCUGGAUAGAACUCACUGACAGCUUUCACAGGUUUUUAAUGGAUUAAACUAGGUCCUCAUAUGCAAAAGAUGCUUUAUGAUGAUGUAACAGAUUAAUGAUUAUUAUUCGUUUAUUGCUAUAAAUGCAGUAAGUGUAUUUUUUUUAUACUUUAUCAAUCAUAUGUAACUGUACAAUAUGGUUGUACUUUUGUAACCGUAAGAGCAUUUUAAGGUGUAUUCACAGAUCCCUCACUGUGAAUAUAAACCGAUACUUCCCACAGUGGACUGGCAACAACAGAGAGAUGAUAACUGCAAACACAUUGAUGUGGAACUGUUGUCUGUAGUCUGUAGAAACAGAUUUUUUUAUACACAAGAUAUUGAAUUUAUUUAUUUUUUGGAAAUGUAUAUUGCUACGUGACAAUACUUUUGUGAAAGAAAUAAAAAUUAAAUUGCU